AUGGUAAUUAUAUAUAGGAAAGUUUGGCAUCAAAGACCUGCUUGUUUGAGGUCCAUCCAUUGCACUCAUACUGGCGAUCAGAACAUUGCUGAAACCGUUGCUAAUGUGCUUACUUCACUUCCUUUUAUUGCCAUCGGACUCCAUGCCCCAAGGAAAAAUGUGAAUUGUAAAAUAUACGCAAAUUCAUUGAUUGGAGUGGGAGUUGCUUCAAGUUUCUAUCAUGCUUCAAGAGGGAGAUUGAGGAAGUAUCUCAGAUGGGCUGACUACACUAUGAUCGCAACAACUACCUGCCUAUCAAGAGCACUUAGGAAAGAGAACCCCAAGUUGUCAGCAUCAGCUUUGUUUCUGCCCAUACAACCCCUCAUGGUUUCAGCAGUCCACACAGGAAUUAUGGAGGAGUUUUCCAGCCUUUGA